AUAUCCUUACACAUACUAGACCCUUAAUAUAUCAAUUAACUAGAUCCAAGCAACAAGCCCAGUUGCUUCAGGAUUUAUUAACCAAUACUGGUGACAAGCGUCAUUAAGGGUUUAUACCAUGGAAAAAGUCACCAAGAGACAGUGGAUGCAGUCGGUUAACGGCAAAAUACGCGUUGGACCCGAAUAUCAAGCCAUGAUACCACCGUUCUAUAGAAUAAGCGGCAAGGGUCACGGUAGUACCGUGCCUACGGAUGGCAGUAGUGGCGAAAAAGCCAACACAAACGAAGCUACAACGUAUACCUACGUAUCAGGUAACUCCAUAGAGGAACAAGUUAACAAGCGAGUGAAUCCUGACGGUAACGAUAAGAAUCAAAGCAAAGCACAGUGUACCUACCUAGGUCCAGAAGACUUCCUCAUAUCACAUUGAGGGCCUGAUCACUCCCUGAACACAACUAAUUGGCUUGAGCGCGUAUCCCACAGCAAUGUGGGUCGAUGUGUACGGUUGAAAGGUAGCUGGAUGAUAUAUAACCACAAAACAAGACUUACUUCAAGGAUUACAAACUCGCGUCUAGGUAACAUGCGCUGCAACUCACUUUCCUCCCAAUCUUCGUCUAAUUCUAGAUAGUGAUCGAUAAAAGCUUUGAGAGGGGGUGGAAUAAAGGGAUCUAUCACACGCUCCCAGUUUUCAGUCACUGGAUUGUAGUACGCCUUCACCUUGCGAUCGUGUCCUUGAUGGAUCACGUAAUCAUCAUCCUCAGUGCCUACAUUUUUAAACCUGUUGAAGAACUCUUCAGCGAAGAUGGUAACGCCCAGGAUUGUGGCAAAUGAAACUGCGAUUGCCAGCAACUGAAAGUAUAUUAUAUCAAGAUUUUUUGUACAUACGGUUUUCGAAGUUUGGUACCUAUCUUCAUCCCUGUCAAUACGCUCGCCAUUGAUGUAUCUGCGAUAGCGCUCAAAGCGCUCUGUAUCCUCAACUGUAACACACUGGUAAAGGUUGUGUUAAUGUACAUCUAGCAUUUUUUGGUUUUACACACGAUAUUGUAAACAUGUGCUAAUACUACACUAGACGGAGCAUAUACGCAAAAUGCUGAUG